UCGCCAACUUGGCAAGUCUUAAUUAACUUGGUUGAUUAAAUCUUGCUCAUCGGACGUAACGACUUAACCGUUUUAUCUUCGGCUUUUAAAUUGAAUUCAACAAGAAGCUAGUUAUUUUUUUAUUCAAGAUUGUUAAUUAUAAUUUGAGGCGAUAGUGUUUGUGUUUAAAAAAAUGAAUUCUACGGAGUUUCGGGAGUUCGGGAAGGCGGCAAUCGAUCUUAUGGCGGAUUACUACGAUUCCAUCCGAACAAGGGAUGUGCUGCCAUCGGUUGAACCAGGAUAUCUAUUAAAAAUGCUGCCCGAAAACGCUCCUGAAGAGCCAGAAAACUGGAAAGAUGUCCUAAAAGACUUCAAUGAAGCAAUAAUGCCAGGCAUAACCCAUUGGCACUCACCCCAGUUCCACGCCUUCUACCCUACAGCUGUAUCAUACCCCGGCAUCGUUGGAGGCCUGCUCAGCGACAGUCUUGCUGUCAUCGGAUUCAGUUGGAUGUCAAGCCCCGCAUGCACCGAACUGGAGGUGGUAACGAUGAACUGGCUGGGCAAGCUGCUCGGGCUCCCGGAGGAGUUUCUCAACUGCUCUGACGGCCCUGGUGGUGGCGUCAUUCAGGGCUCAGCUAGUGAGGCAACUUUAGUCGGAUUACUCGUUGCUAAAAACAAAACCGUGCACAGACUCAUGGCAAACGAUCCCAGCCUCGAGGAAGGCGAAAUCAACGCUAAGCUCGUCGCCUACACGUCGGACCAAUGCAACUCAUCGGUUGAAAAAUCCGGAUUACUCGGCUCCAUGAAAAUGCGAUUACUUAAAUCUGACGCAGACGGAAGACUGCGUGGAGAGACACUUAAAAAUGCAUUUGAGGAGGACAUUGCCCAAGGACUAAUACCAUGCUAUGUUAUUGCCAAUCUUGGCACGACAGGCACAUGCGCCUUCGACCCCUUAUACGAACUUGGACCAGUGUGCAAGGACGCGAAUGUAUGGCUACAUGUCGACGCCGCCUACGCAGGUUCAGCGUUCAUUUGCCCCGAAUACAGAGGACUAAUGAAAGGAGUUGAAUACGCAGAUUCUUUCGACUUCAAUCCACACAAGUGGAUGCUUGUGAACUUCGAUUGUUCCGCAAUGUGGGUCAAAAACGGAUACGAUCUAAUCAACACCUUCGACAUUCAGCGUAUUUAUUUAGACGACGUUAAGACUAACAUUAAAAUACCUGACUAUCGUCAUUGGCAAAUACCUCUGGGUAGACGAUUCAGGGCUUUGAAAUUGUGGACUGUUUUAAGAAUAUAUGGCGCAGAAGGCAUUAGGUCUCAUCUUAGAAACCAGAUCAGCCUUGCUCAACACUUUGCCAAGUUAGUUCGAGAUGACGACCGGUUUUUGGUGGAGCCCGAGCCGUCAAUGGGAUUAGUGUGCUUCAGGCUUAAAGAUGGUGACAGUGCAACACGCAAAUUGUUAGAGAAUUUAACAGAAAAGAAACAAAUCUAUAUGGUGGCGGCAACCUACCGUGGCAGGUAUAUAAUCCGGUUCGUAGUCUGUUCUCAUUUAACGACGAGAGAAGACAUUGACAUCAGUUGGAAAAUAAUUAAACAGGAAGUUGACAUGAUCGUCUCGCCCAAGUUACACACCAAAACUCAAAUCCCAGCAUUAGGUCAUAUCGACAUGAAGAGUUUAUAUGAAAAAUCUAAGUAAUUAUACCUGCAAAAUUAUCAGAAAUAUUAGAUAGAUCCUAAAUGAAAAAUACCUAUCUUACGAUACCAACCUACAUGUAUAAUAAUGUAUGAUUGAUAUUCAUUUUGCAAACAUAGGUUUAUAUUUUUACUGCUUCAAUUUGUAGUAGGAACGUAGUAUUUGUACGUAAGUUAUUCUUUCUAAUAAGGGCACAAAAUAGAUUAGUUUAUACCCCUAAUAUCUUAAUGACUAAAAUACUAAUAGCGUUAUUCAUAAACGAGAUACAAGGAUCAAUUAAAUAUUAUUAGUUUGAUUAAAAUCUUGAACUACUGAAAUGCCUUUUCUAUUUGUAUUAAAGGAAUAAAAAUAAAACAUAACUAA